UGAAAACAUAUUUUAUUUGCACACAUUAUAUUUUUACUUCGUUAGUAUAAUUUAAUAUUUUAUACGUUCUAAUAAGUACAUUUUGAAAAAUGCAUUGUUAUAAUUUUUUAUUAUUGAUAUGUAUAUUUAUAUGUAUUACGUCAUCUUUGGCCGGAAAAAAAAAACGUGUCAAAAAUGUAAAAGCAGAAUCUUCAUCAAAAUCUACGGAGAUCAAUUCACGUGACGAAACUAAUAUGAUGUCACCGUCUACAAAGGAUAAUAUUAGUAAUGAAGAAAAGUUGAUAGAAUGUAUUAAUAAGGUCAAUUUAAGUGACGAAACCGACAUGAGAUCAUGGUCUACAGAGGAAGAGAAUUUUACACCAAGAUUACUACCGACACUUUUAAAGGAAGAGCAAAGUAUACCAGAAAUACGAUCUACGCUUUUAAAGAAUGAUAUGACAGAUGAGCAAAUUGAUUUGCUGACUUCUAUUUAUAAUGGAGCGACUUCUAAUGAUACGAAAAAAUUAACUAUUGACGAUUUGAAAUCAAUUUUUGCAUGUUUUAGUCAGGAAAAUACUGAUGAGGAAUAUGAUAUUAUGAUGAAAAUUCUUGACUCUAAAAAUGACGACGAAACAGGACUCAACAAAUUUUUGAGUCUAUUUAUAUUAAAGAGUAGUCAUAUACAAAAAGAGGAAGUAUUGACGUCUACACGUAAAAAAAAAGAUGUUGAUCUUCAAUGUUUUAGGUAUUUGACAAAUUCAAAGUCCUACAUGGAUAGUGAUGAUACAAAUCGUAUAGCUAAAUUGGCAAAACGUUUGCAUAUUAAAACUACUAAUAUAGAAAAUUUUAAAAAAUAUGUCGCAGAAAAAGGUCAAAUUUCUUAUGAUGAGUUUAAUGAUUUAUGGCAUCAAUGUGAAUAAACAAAUGAAAAUAUUUGAUAGUUUAGUUGAUGUAGCAAAUGAUAAUUUAAAAAAAAAUACGUAUACUUUGUAUUGAUAAUAAUGAAAUAUAUUUUAUUAUAUACUAUUUAAUAUACUU